CUUAUCUUGCUAAUUACACGGUUUCUUUGGACAAAUUUCACCGAUUCUGAAGGACGUCAAAAGUGCACUUUUUCAAAAAUGACCUUGGGCUGAAUGGCUAAGCGUAUCCCGAACAAUCGUUGUGUACGGUCAUUGGAUGAUUCAGAGGAUUUAAUUAGUAGCACGAAUGAUGGAUCACAACCAAUAUCACAGAAUGUUCAGGAUCUGGCCAAUGAUAUCUAUAAAGAAUUCGAGUCUUUAAUUAAAUUGUAUGGAAACGGCUUCCUCCACAAUUUAAUGCCCUUGGUCAUCCGUGCACUAGAAAAUUUAGAUAGCUUGCAUUUAGAAAACUCUGAUCUGCAUCUUAAAUUACUUGUAUUGAGUGAUGACCACAAGUUGCUUUCCAGUGAGUAUGAAAAGGAGAAAAAAUUAAGGAAAGUUGCUGAAAAUAGACUCUUCCACCUAGAAGAUGACUUAGAAGAGGAACGCAAAAAUCAUGAGGAAAAGUGUUUAGCGUUUGAAAGCAAUAUUCGUCUGCUCGAAGGCAAAGUAAAGAAUUAUAAUGAACAAAUUUCACGAUAUGAAGAUCAUGAAUUGGAGAUGAAGAAAGACUAUCAAAGGUUACACGAUUUAUAUACAAAUCUCCUUCGUGCAUAUCUUGAAUACGUUGAACGUGUUAGGUCAAUGUUUCAUAAGUAUAAACUGGAUCAUCAGUGUCUUCCUCACGCUCCCUACCUCACAGAUAACACUAGCUUUGAGGUCAGUUCACCAACUCAAACAUCUGACCGCAGUACUGGUGUUGAUCAACUGAAUCGCUUUGGAGCCUUCAUGGACUCAGAUGCUUUAGAGACAGAAAGACAAAGGAUUAUGCGCAUGAUAAUGGAAACAACUCCUGAACUUUAUGGCACUGGUGGACUUCUUACCUCUUCUACACUUUCAGAACCAUGUUUCGAUGAGCUGUCACAGGGUGAUUUACCGGAUGAUGAUGGGCAUGAUAUGAAAAGUCAUGAUGGAUCUUGUACAGCUUCUCAACCUCAGUGUGGUGAGACACUAGGCAGUGACUUUGCUGAAUCUGUUGAACUGGAAGUUGAUGGUGAUCUAACCGAUUAUGCUGGUGUACGCAGAGAAGUACAAAAUUUGAUAAAAGAGAAUCAAGAAUUAAUUCAAACAAAAAAUGCUCUUAAAAUUGUUACAAAUGAUCUUAUUGGAAAAAUUGAUGAACUUUCAUGUCAAAAUUUUCAAUUCUCCUCUGAGCUGAACGCUUUGAUUACCAAUCGAGCUAGUAUGCUGUUGCGUAUUAAAGAUUUAGAACAAGAAAAUGGUCAAUUACGUCGAGAAUUUGAAAAUCCUGACCUGUAUGGAAGUUUACCUGGUGAUGAAACAAACGAUUGUGAAGAUCUUCCACUAUCUAUGCGUGUACGUUUCUCACGUGUAGAAAUGGCACGUGUCCUGCUCGAAAGGAAUCAAUAUAAAGAACAACUUUUAGAACUGCAAGAAGCUGUUCAUUUGGCGCAUAAUUUGAAAGCUGAACAAGUAUCAAGACUACAAAAUGGUGGCAAUAAACGUGGACGUAUUAGAGCCUUUUUUGCCAGGCUGUUCAAUUCACCUGUUCAAACACAACAGAACUCGAGUAAAUUGUAUACACCACCAUUAGCCUUGUCUAUGAUGAAUACUCGUCAGUCAGCAACUACUGCUCAUAAUUUUAAUUCUUCUUCAAGGUUGAGUAUUCCAACUGAUUCUACUACAUCAUCGUUGUUGAGUGAUCGAAGUGAUGGAAAUGUUUCUGUAUCCUUUCAAAAGACAACAAGUGAAAUUUGUCUGAAUCAAGACCUAGAGACUCCUAGAACAUCUGCUAGGAUGACGUAUAACAGUUCCUCGUUGAAUAGUUUUUCUAAUUCAAAUCAGAAUGCAAAUAAAAGCUUGGAUAAUCAUCGCCAGUUGACUGCAUCUUCUGUUGAAUGGUAUUCAUCACCACAUGGAAAUGAAUAUCACCUUGAAAGAAGAAAUCCACAAGUCACGUGUAUCUACCCUUUGGAUAAUUAUCCGGAUAGUAUAGAGUUACGAUGUGCAGCAGUUGCCUAUCCUUACCAAAGUGUAUCAUCUAUGCCUGCUACAUCACUGCUGACUACUUCUUCACCGUCAAUGGAGGAUAAUAUACAUAAUACAGUGGGUUAUUCUACUAGAAAUAGUGUAAAAUCCAUUGAUGAUAAUGUUGGCAAUACAAAUGGAAAUGACGCCUGCACUGAUGUGUCUAGAUGUAUUGAUGGAGAAUACAAAGAAGAUCAUCAUCAAGUGCAACAAUUGAAUAAUAAUGGACUUUCAUGUAAAUCUCUGAAUAAUUAUUCUAUGGAUAAUUUAUGCUCCGGUAACUCCUUAGAGAAGUAUCCAUCAAUGAUUGUUGAUGAUGAUGACUUCCCAGAUAUUCGAUCAAAUAUGAUCUGGUUGUGUUCUUUAUCUAUGAAACAAGAUCUAGCAACAUUCAAACCAGUAGCAAGCAAUAAUCCAUCUAGUUCAUCAUCUUCAAUCAUGCAUACUUCUUCAGAGUAUUCUGCAAGAAUUAAAAGUUUAAUUACUAUUGUACGCAUGGAUAAUAAUUCUGCAUGUCAGAUAGUUGAUUCAUUUGCUAUUUGUAGUUCAACAGUACUGUGUAUUUGUGCUGUACCAGGUGCAUCUGGUGAAGAUUUCAGUUCUCUUAAAGCUACACAAAGUUACUGGGAAAUGUUGCCUAUGGAUAUGUUUGACGAUGCAUCAGAAACUGCCCAACCUUCAAUUACCGAUUUAAAUCAAGGAAAUACAUCCUGCCCAACAAAUGAAUCCAGUAUUAUUACAGAAUUUAAGUACCUUGAUUGCGACUCCAAUAAUAAUAAUAACAAUCAUAAUGAAAGCACACCUCAAAGAACUGAUAAACUUGUUGAAAGUAACAAGCAUCAUAAAACAUCAACACCAAUGCCAACAGUAACCAAGGCAUCAUCAUCAUCAACUAAUUCACAUCUGUCAAGCAUAAAACAGGCUCUGGAUCAUUUGUCAUCAACACGCCGAUUAGUGAAUGCCCUUGGUAUCGUUGGUUCAGUGAAUGAUGUAGAUGAAGUGACUAUGUCGUAUGUGGCGACUAGACGGCGUUUUAUUGUACGUCAUUUAGACUGUGAUACUGAUAUGAAUGUAACAACGGCAAGUAAAGACAUGCUUAGUCACCGAUCCUCCACAACUAUCAGUGAAGAUAUUGACAUUGAUAAUGAUGAUAUUGAGGAUAAUAUUGAUUCUCAGUGUGCUUGCUCAUCGUCUACUCAACCUCAUCGUCAACAUCAUCAUCACUGCAGCGAAUAUUAUUCUAAUUCUUCAGAGUUAUCGAAUCAACCAACUAUGUGGUUAGGUUGUCAAAAUGGUGAUUUAUACGUUCAUUCCUGCGUAUCUGAUUGGCGUAAAUGUUUGCAUGCAAUCCGCUUGCCUGAUUCAGUAACACAGAUAUGUCAUUUUGCUGGACGUGUAUUUGUCAGUCUGGCCAAUGGUCAAAUAGUCGUGUUUAGACGACAACUUUUCAGUCAAGUGAAUCAAGUCAAGAGUAAUCUAUGUCCAAGUCAUUCAACAUCUAUUCAAUCAUUGAAGACUGUAGCAGCAGCAGCAGUAACCACAACAGCAACUGUUACUAAUAAUAAUAACAAUAAUGAUGUGGUUAUGGGUUCAUGGGAUUUUACUGAAGCCUGUGUUAUCACAUGUGGUCGACCUCAAUGUUCCGUUAAGUGUACAAUAACUAUACCACCGACAAAUUCUGUUUGGGCUGCUUAUCGUAAUCGUAUAUUAGUGAUUAAUGCAUUUACACUACAAUUAGUUGAUUGUUUCAAAGUUCAUGCAAUACAAGAUUCACAAGUACAAACAAUGACAUGGUAUAAAGAUGGUGUUUGGAUGUCAAUACGACGUGAAUCAAUUCUCCGGCUAUAUCAUGUUAUUAGUCAUGAAUUAAUACAAACUGUUGACUUAAAUCAAACAAUUCUAAGUUUAGUAUUAUCCAACUCCAAUAAACCAGAAUACAGUGACAUUUCUUCUAAGGUCAAAUCACCUUCCUUUGCUGUCAGUACACUUAAAGCAAUGAAUGAUCGCUUAUGGAUUGGUACUAGUGUUGGAUUAAUUGUCACAAUUCAUUUCCAAGAUGGUCUGUUCAACAGGACAUUCCAGCGAUCAUCAUCAGGACGUCAGAAGGAUUCAAUCCAUUUGUCAAAACGUAUUUGUAAAGCUAUUCUGGAUUGUUCAUCAGUACAGAUAAGUGUACAUCAGCAUACAACACCGGUAAGAUUUUUCGUUUCACCAACCGUGGUACAACAACACAGUGAAGAUAGCGCAAAUAUACAAUCCAAUUGUAAAUCCCUUACGCCGUAUGAAAAAUCAUCCGCUUCUCAGAAAUCAUCUGACCCGCUUACAUCUAAUAAGCAUAAAAAGAGAAUGGAAAAAUCAAGCGUGUUUAUCGUUUCCGGUGCUGAAGGCCAUGUGAUUAGUAAUCAAAAAGAUGAUUCAAAAAACAAAUCGAAUAAAGGAUCCACUACUGAUCAUAAUAGUUUAGAUCAAAGCCAUUUAAUUUUAUGGAAAUUGUAA